AUGCGUGUCUCGACAACUGUGCGGAAGGCGGGCGCGGUGAAAGAGCGGUCUCCAGGGGAUACCGGCUCUCGAGUGUGUACUUGCCUGCCGUCGAUAUGGAAUGGGAGUCGGGCCGAGGUGGAGACGAUGCAAAAAAGCGUCACCUCCCAGUCCGGUCAAAAGGUACGAGGGUCGACUGAAGUUGUUGGUGCAGGUUGCUAA